AUGCCUCAAAAAGAAUACUAUAACCGGGCCACGUGGGAAUCUGGCGUUGCGUCCAUGAUGCAAAACAAGGUGUAUGACAUCUGUAACGAAGGUCACAGCGGAGUGAAUCAGCUUGGCGGAGUGUUCGUCAACGGCAGACCCCUGCCCGACUCAACCAGACAGAAAAUAGUCGAGCUUGCUCACAGUGGCGCGCGGCCGUGCGAUAUAUCCAGGAUUCUGCAGACCCAUGGUGAUGCAAAAGUCCAAGUGCUGGACAAUGAAAACGUGUCAAACGGCUGUGUGAGUAAGAUUCUGGGCAGAUACUAUGAAACUGGCUCCAUCAGACCAAGGGCGAUCGGGGGUAGCAAACCAAGAGUAGCAACUCCCGAGGUGGUCGGAAAAAUUGCCAUAUACAAGAGGGAGUGCCCGUCAAUCUUCGCGUGGGAAAUUCGUGACAGACUGCUUUCAGAGGGGGUCUGCACAAACGAUAAUAUACCCAGUGUGUCAUCGAUAAACAGAGUACUGCGCAACCUGGCUAGCGAAAAGCAACAGAUGGGCGCAGAUGGCAUGUAUGAGAAGUUGAGAAUGCUGAACGGUCAGACUGGGACGUGGGGAACCCGGCCGGGCUGGUACCCCGGAACCUCAGUGCCAGGACAGCCCAACGCAGAUGGUUGCCCACAGUCAGACGGCGGAGGUGAGAACACUAAUUCAAUAAGUUCGAAUGGAGAAGACUCGGAUGAGACCCAAAUGAGACUUCAGCUGAAAAGAAAAUUGCAAAGGAACCGCACUUCGUUCACACAAGAACAGAUAGAAGCGCUUGAGAAAGAGUUUGAAAGAACUCACUAUCCAGAUGUUUUCGCAAGGGAAAGACUUGCUGCAAAAAUUGACCUCCCAGAGGCCAGAAUACAGGUGUGGUUUUCAAAUAGAAGGGCAAAGUGGAGGAGGGAGGAGAAACUCCGGAAUCAACGGCGGCAAGCCAGUAACUCCUCCAGUCACAUCCCUAUCAGCAGCAGUUUCAGCACCAGUGUCUACCAACCCAUCCCACAGCCCACGACACCAGUAUCGUUCUCGUCAGGAUCCAUGUUGGGAAGACCAGACACAGCCCUUACAAACACAUACAGUGCCCUGCCACCUAUGCCAAGCUUCACCAUGGCCAACAACCUGCCUAUGCAAGCUCCUGUGCCCAGCCAGACCUCCUACUCCUGCAUGCUGCCCACCAGUCCCUCAGUCAACGGGCGGAGCUACGACACGUACACCCCUCCUCAUAUGCAGGCACAUAUGAACAGCCAGUCAAUGGCAGGCUCAGGAGUCAACUCAACAGGUCUCAUCUCUCCUGGAGUAUCUGUUCCUGUCCAAGUGCCAGGCAGUGAAGCAGACAUGUCCCAGUACUGGCCCAGGCUACAGUAG